CGUAGAUGUAUUUACUUCACCUAUGAUCUUUCUGCUGCCCUCUGUUUGAUACUUCAUACUUCUGAAAUCACAAACACAAUCAAUUCAAAUGAUGAACUUACGACUUAUCUCUCGCCGCGUCCCUGCGACUCGUGCUUUCAGCACAUCCAGAGUGCGCUACUCCGGCAAGUCGUCCAUGACUGAAGUCAGUGAUGGCGGUUCAAAGCACGACAAGGUGCAGGAACCCCAAUCCUCCAUCAAACCUAAAGGAAACCCAAACCCUCGCCAAGAUGUAGACCAUGUCGAGGAGGCCAAAGCCAAGGUGAAAACACAAGCAGAGCUCGAUGAAGAAUUUCAACUGAGAAUGCAAGAACACUCAGGAGACGGCGGCGCAUCCGGAGUCGAGUACGAAGACGGGAAACCAGUCUCAAUGAAGCGGAGUGUCAAGAACAACAUGUUCCGCUACAUCUGAGCGCGACGGUGGCUUUCUCUUUCUUGUACGUCUUGCAUUCUUAGCGUCAAAGUACAAGCAUACUGAGAGGAUCGAACUA